GAAAAAAAAUAUGCAAAGCAAGUGGACAAAGAGGAGACCUUUGAUAUUAUGACUGUUUGACUAGUAAGUUAAGACCCUGUGGGCACUGACACCCAGCUCACCCAUGCCUAUUUCCUGUAAUGGACGAACUUGAUGCUAAUGUGAGUUCUAAGGAGGGUUUCAGGUCAGUGGAGAAGGUCGUGCUGCUCAUGUUUCUCUCGGCGGUUAUCCUGAUGGCCAUCUUGGGGAACCUGCUGGUGAUGGUGGCUGUGUGCAGGGACAGGCAGCUCAGGAAAAUAAAAACCAACUAUUUCAUCGUCUCUCUUGCCUUUGCGGACCUGCUGGUUUCCGUGCUUGUGAUGCCCUUUGGUGCCAUUGAGCUGGUUCAAGACAUCUGGAUUUACGGGGAGAUGUUUUGCCUGGUCCGGACAUCUCUAGACGUCCUUCUGACAACAGCAUCAAUUUUUCACCUCUGCUGCAUUUCUCUGGAUAGGUAA